AUGUGCCGCGAAGCUGCCGCCAAGAUACUCAAGGACAUUGACGAUGUGAGAACAGGCUUGAACUAUCAAAAGAUUAUCAUCAUUGAUCAGCUGGAGUCAGCCGAGGGCUUCGUGAAUAUUCUCAAUUCCGAUCAUGACAAGAUUGACGCGUGGCUCUGGGGACCUAUUGCAACUUCAGUUGCUGAAUCUACCGGUGUUGCGAUGCAAGAUUUCGCUGCCGCUGGAUCUUUGUUUGUCGGAGGAUUGAUUGUAGCCUCUUCACCAGGUGAACGAGGCAAAAACAUCAUGGACGCGAUCUCGAAUGCUAGAUCUGAGCAUGCACGUCUAAAGACAUCAUUGAAUCUGAUGGUCUUUGCUCUAGAUACUCUCAAGCGACUGGAAGAUUGCAGCAAGAAAAUCCAUGAGUUUUGGAAUGGCAUGUUGACCAAUGCCAUGAUACUCCAGUACAUGGAUCUGGCGACAACCAAGAGGCUCGGCGAAGAAAUCCUAAAGCCUGACAAUAUCGAGUCCUCAAACAAAGCCACAAGAGAUUUUGAGAGAGUUAAUCGGAGUCUCCUUGGUAUUUUGAAUAGAGAUGGGAUCAGGCCACCCAUAGAUGAUGAUGAUGAUGAUGAGUGCGAGUAA